UGAGUACAACUUUAUAACUCAUUUCAAUUCAACUCAACACUUGUUCAAUUUCGAGCUGCAUUAUUAAAUUAAAAUAAAAUUUAAUAUUAGUAGUAUACAAAUAAUUGAAUUGUAACUGUGAUCAAUACAUCAAGGAAAUUGUGAGAAAUUAUAUAGAGAAGCGAUUUGGCAGUUAAAUAAAGAAUAUUCUCCCAGGAGGAAGGCAGAAAACUUGAAAGCCGAAACGACAGCAUUGUAGCCAAAAGACGACGACGACGGUAAGGAAGAAGAAGAAACAAGAAACCGGAGAAACGCCAAGAAAACGUUGGUGGAAAUAAUUUGGACAACAAAAGAUAUCGCAAAUUUGUGACAAUUUUUUGUUGAUACAGAGUGCUAUAUGUAAAUUAAGGUAGAUGUGAACUUAUAAACGAAAUCAUCACUCGUUGUAUUAUUAACCACCACUAAAGCUAAAGCAAUACUCCUGUGCAUUACAAAACCUACAUACAUCUUAACCACACGCCUGUUCGUACAUCCAAACAGCUUCAAAUAGCUCUAUUCAUAGCCGUCGUCAUUCAGCAUUAUACGAUUCCAAAUCGCACAUCAGAAACUUCGCACGUGACUUAUUGAAAUUGAAUUAUAUCUCUUCAUUAUAGUAACACUGAAAAUUCUUUAAAAAUCAAAGGAUUAAAAAUAAAACGCAAUGGUAAUGGAUGCAACUCAACCACAACAACCAUCUCCUCAAUCUGUUGGUCGUGAAUUUGUGCGCCAAUAUUACACCUUGCUUAAUCGUGCGCCAAACCAUUUGCAUCGUUUCUAUAAUAACAAUUCAUCUUUUAUACAUGGGGAAUCAACAUUGGUGGUCGGUCAACGUAAUAUCCACAAUCAUAUUCAACAACUUAAUUUUCAUGACUGUCAUGCUAAAAUAAGUCAGGUGGACGCUCAAGCCACCUUGGGCAAUGGAGUUGUUGUGCAAGUUACUGGCGAAUUGUCGAACGAUGGACAACCGAUGCGCCGCUUUACCCAAACCUUUGUGUUGGCCUCCCAAUCACCGAAAAAGUACUACGUUCACAAUGAUAUCUUCCGCUACCAAGACAUGUAUUCGGAUGAAGAUAAUGAUGCAGACACCCGUGCGGAAAAUGAUGAGGAACAAGAGAUACAGCAACAAUCAGCAGUAUCUUCUGCUGCAGUCUCUGGAAAUGAACAAGUGGCAUCGGUGGGUACAGGUUCUGUAGUUGUGGAACCCCAACAAAUACCGCCCCAACAGGCUCAAUUGCCAACGCAAGUGGUGGCUGCAGCUGCAGGAGCCACUGUUUUAUCUCAACAACAGCCUGGUGCACAGGCAACUGGUGGAGCACCCCAACAACAAGCCAUUUACUAUUCGGUUCCCGCUGCUGGUGGACGUCCAGUUCCCUUAUUGGCGGCUGCAGCACCACCGCAAGGACCAGCUGCUGUGCCAUUGUCUGCUCAAUUUCCAACAGCUGCUCCGGCCACUGUUGUACCAUCGCAGCAAGUUCAGUUGAAUGGUGUAGUUGGACAUGAAGAUCUAUUGUCGACAACCAAUCAGCAGCAGUCAGGACAGCAACUUCACGUUGCACCGACCCUUUCGCCUGUGGCUCAGCAAUCUGCAGGGAGCGUUUCUGUAGCUGCUCCUUUGCUUGCUGCUCAAACUGGGUCAACUACUAGCGUAAACAAUGCUCCCGUUGUAGCACCGGCACCUAUAUCCCAAGGAGCGUCAACAAAUAUACCCGGCUUCCAACAAUCACCUCUAUUACAACCUCAUGUACUUCAAUCGCAAGCAUCUUUGCAACAGCCAUUGAUCCAGCAACAAUCGCAAGUCACCCCACCAUCUGCAGCUAUUGAAGUAGAAGAUGGCGGUAUAAGCCCCAAUUUGACAAAUUCUGAAUCUGUUCCCCACACUGGUUCGGCUGGUACAUUAGCAGCUGUUGAAAAUGUUCCAGUUGUUGACGACUUCAAAACUAUUAACGACCAGCAACAGCAGGAGAAGUAUGAAGCUGCUAAACAGCAACAACAACAACAAAGCGAGCCAAAGACGUACGCCAACCUAUUUAAAUCGACUUCUUCAUCACCCAGCGGCUUCGUUACAGCUGCCAUGCAACAACAACAACAACUUCAGCAGCAGCAACAACAGCAGUCGUCCAGUAAUACUUAUCAGUCAGCGACUACUAUCUCCACUUCAACAUACUCACAAUCCAAUGCCAAUUCGACUUCAUCACUUUCUGUUUAUAAUAACCGCAAUAGUGAUACCUCAUCUCUGCGACUGGAUAGUGGUACUAUGGGUACAGUUUCACAAGGGGGUCCAUUACCUCAACGUGCCAAUGCAUCGCGUAUGAACAAAGACUUUGAACCACGUCGGACCAGCAAUGCCCAACAAUCUGAUAGCCAACAAUUAUUCCUAGGUAAUAUACCCCACCACGCUUCUGAAGAGGAAUUAAAAGCUUUGUUUGGACGCUUCGGCCAGGUACUCGAAUUGCGCGUUAUGUCGAAGGCGAACGGAAAGUUGCCACUUGGCGUUAGAAACCCACAGAAUUUCGGCUUUAUUACUUAUGAAGAUGCAGAGUCAGUUCAAAAUUGCUUAGCAAAUUGUCCACUUUAUUUCCCCGAAAAUUCUCCAGAUGGUCAAAAAUUGAACGUAGAAGAGAAGAAGCCGCGACCAAUGCGUCAAAACGAUAUGCCGCCCCGUCAAUCAUUGGGUGGUGGUAGCAGCAUGGGCGGAAGCAUGAAUAGUUCUCAACGUAACAUGAGUGGAGGUCCACCAUCCCGAUCAUUGUCCAAUUCCGCUGGCGGUGGGACUAGUGGUGGUAUGAUGCGCAACUCUGGCGGUAGUGGAUCAAACAGCAAUAGCAUGUCGCGAGGCCAAUCGAGUGGCGGUGGACCACGUCUUGGUGGCGGUUUCAAUCGUAAUGAUAACCGUAGCGGCCCAACGAAUGGUGGGGGUUCCCAAGUGCGCGGAGGCAAUCAGAACAGUGCACAGUCCACAGGCACCGGCGGCGGUAGCAGCUACAGCACACGUCGCUAACCAUUAAUAUUUUUCUAUCAUCCACAACAGCAGCCGUCGCGCUAUAAUACAGUAACUGCUACCGCGACAACGGCAACGUCAACCACACCACCAGUACAGAAACAACAAUAGUAAUCUUUAUAAGAUUAUCAUAUUUCAAAACUAAAGCGAAAUGAUUGGAGGAGGAAGAAAAAAAAUUCAAUUUGGUUUUAGAUAAAAUUAUGAUUUUGCUUAUGUAGUAACGUGACGGUAAAAACUAAAAACAAAAUCAAGUUCAAUUCUAUUUUGCGGCAAAAGCAAACUGAGAACUUAUUUAAACAUUGCUUUACCUAGCCGACUACAGCAAAAUAUUGUUUGUGAGUCUUGUCGCUCUCUGAAGAACUACUUCAUUGUAUAAUUUUCUCAAAUUACAUAUUUUUCAUCACACCUUUCAACUGAUGGUGAAGCAUCUUCUGUUGUAAUACAUUGCUCACAAAAUUCAGCUUACUGUUUUAUAUAUUGAAAUGAAUUUUUAUUUAAUAUUUUAAUUUAUACUAACAAAAUAAAUUAAACAAAAAAAAACAUUCUUCUCUAGAACACAAACUCCAAAUAUAACCAAUUUCAUUAUCAUGUAUGUAUGUAUUUUAAAUUUGAUAUUUUUAUUCUAAAAUAAAGCAAAACUUCCCAAUCAUAAGGAUAAAAACAGUAGCCUACAGCUUAUAUAAUAUUAUAUAUAAAAAUAUAUAUUAAUUUAAACAAAAAGAAUCGCCGUAAUGAAGAAAUUAUAAGCUAAUUAAAAAUGAAAACAUGCAAUAAAAUGCAAAAGAAAGACUUGUGAAACCGAAUAAAAACGUUAAAAUAAAUUACAAAAAAAAAAAAUAUAUAAUAAUGAUGAAGAGAUAAAUAAUGUUCGUACGUUUAUAAAACAAAAAUUGAAAAAAAUGUAAAAUAUAAAAAAAUCCAAAAAAAAAACAAUCAUUCAUUAAAUUUGAAAAUGUAAAGUAGAAUAUGGUGGAUAUCAGUUCGGGAUUUUUUUUUUUCAUUUUAAUUGCAAACACGAAACAUGUCUAAUGCUGCUGCGUGUUUUGCACAUAUGUUCAAUUUAAAUACAACAUUAUUUUUCUUAGUAAUUUUGUUUGCUACAUUUUGUAGUAAAACAAAUACUAACAUAUCUUGGAAGUCUUGAAAUUGUUUUCUUUCUUUAAUAGAUUUCAAAAAUUAUAAAGACACUUGAGAACUCCUGUGUCGAAUAAGGACAUCCCAAUUUGGAAAAUAUGAUUGGAAUUAUUUAUAUUUAGAUUUGAAUUUUUUAUUUUGUUAAAAUAGCUAAUUUUUCAACUUAAUCCUGCGAUUAGUUUUCCCUCAGAUCUAACCAUUGACAAACAUAAUUUAGAAGUAAUUUGAUGUAAACGAAAAGAUUGCGUCACCCCUUUAUAUACAUAAUUAGUUUGAAAACGGUGCUUGCAGAUGCAGAUAGAGAUAAGAAUUCUAGGAAAAUAUCCACCCUAAUUGAAAAGUAUACAAACUGUAGCAUGUUUUUCUUUUUUUUUUUUUAUUAUAAUUUAAGUAAUUUGGUCGUCUGACUUAUGUACGAGUACGUACUUUUUAAUUCUCAGCAUUUUAUUUUUUGUUUAAUUUAAAAAAAAAAAAAAUUUUUUAUUUUUAUACCGAUAGGGUUUUAAUAAAAUCAUUAAGUUGGAAAUCGUUAUAUCACGGAAGCAUUUAAAUACAUACAAAAAUACAUAUUUAUAUUUUUUCAGGGCGUAAAAGUUGCAAAAACUUAAACAUAGCAUACCUACUUAAUUAUUAAAAAAAAAAAUAUUUAUAAAUAAAUAAUGAACUAAACCGAAUGAAGAAGAAUAACUUAUGACAAAAAUAAAUAAAAUAAAAAUUGCAUAUGCAUACAUUUACCCUGAA